GACUCACUGCUUAGAUGCACUCAGACUGCACACAGUGCAUUAAAUGGAACAAGAUGGAAAGAGCUGAAGUUACAACAAAUUACGAUACAGUCACAACAGAAUUUGAUUACGGUGAGCUACCAACACCAUGCCAAACUGUUGCUGUCCAGGAAUUUGCCUCCCAUGUCUUGCCAGUACUUUACUCUCUGGUGCUUAUAUUUGGCUUGCUGGGAAAUGCACUGGUUGUGCUGAUCCUCGUCAUAUACAAGAAACUCAAGAGCAUGACCGACAUCUACUUGCUCAAUCUGGCCAUCUCUGAUUUGCUUUUUAUUGUCUCGCUCCCAUUUUGGGCCUAUUAUGCAGCAGACGAGUGGAUAUUCGGAAAUGAGUUGUGCAAAAUCCUCUCUGGAGUCUAUCUUGCAGGCUUCUACAGUGGAAGCUUUUUCAUCAUUCUGUUGACCAUCGACCGAUACCUAGCAAUAGUCCAUGCAGUGUUUGCAUUAAAAGCCAGGACAGUGGUCUAUGGCAUCCUCACGAGUGUUGUCACAUGGUGUUUGGCAAUUUUAGCCUCCGUACCAGGGAUGGUCUUUAACCGGUUACAAAAAGAAAACAACCGCUUCGCAUGCACUCCUCAUUUUUCAUCUGAAACACAAAUCAGAUGGAAUCAGUUUCUGACAUUGAAAAUAAACUUCAUAGGCCUGAUCUUUCCCAUGAUGGUGAUGACCUUCUGCUAUGUCCAAAUCAUACGAACCCUGAUGAGAUGCAGAAAUGAUAAAAAAACCAAAGCUGUCAGGCUUAUUUUUAUCAUCAUGAUUGUUUACUUCCUCUUCUGGGCUCCGUACAACAUUGUUCUUCUACUCCAGACAUUCCAAAUAUCAUUUAGUCUAAACAAUUGUGUCGACAUUAGUAAUUUGGGAAUAGCAGUACAAGUGACAGAAACUUUAGCCAUGGCCCAUUGUUGCAUUAACCCUGUGAUCUAUGCUUUUGCUGGUGAGAAGUUUCGAAAAUACACAUGCACCUUUUACCGAAAGCAUGUUGCUCACUACUUGUCGAAACAUUGCCAGUUUUUGUAUAUAGAGCCUCUGGAACGUACCAGUUCUACAUAUUCCCAUUCCACUGGAGAACAAGACCUUUCAGCAGUGUUGUAAAGUAUUUCCAAAAAGAAGUCAGUUUGAUUUUUGGAGGUGUAGGCUUUCAAAUCCCUUUGCAUGGGAAGCCAUGGAGAGACUAUAAAAAAGUUCAAGCCCUAAUGACAAUGUACCUUUAAUGUCAGAGACAUAACUUGGAUCUAAUGGGCUUUUGUUUCUCUCAUUCCAAAAUGAAGCCUUCAUUGAAGCAAUAUAUAUACAUUAUGCUUUGUAGUUUCUGAAACAUAUUUACCUCCAUACUUUAAAGAGAAGAAAAACAUCCAACAAAUCUGAUCAGAUAUAAAUGGCGCUAGAAGAUUUGUUGUUUUUGCUGCAUCAGAUGAACAUGGCUAGCCUUCUGAAAAUUGCAAUAUCAGUUGUCUUCACUAACAUUUACAUGCUGAAAGUUCUUAUAUGUUGCUACUGCUCCUUCCUCUUCUCUAAAUGCAUUGAAUACCUGGAUUUCUUCAUCUAGCAGAGUGUUUUAUGCAGGGUCAUGUACUUAGGUAUAGUAUUGUAGACAGAAUUGUUCACUAUACUACUAAAAUACCAAAUAUUACUAAAUAAGAAAAGUCUUAUUUUAAUCACUGAUUUAAAUCAGUUUCACCAUCGGUACUGUUUUAUAUAUUUUCUAAGCAGUAGUGCAGACCUGGCCACUAGUGAAAAAGGUAAAUUUAUAACUAAAGGAUUGUUGACAGUGUUCUUAUUCACAACCUGAAAACCUGCAUGCAUUUAUCACAAUGUAUACAUUAAUUUCCCCCAUUUUUAAAUCCAUAGAAUAAAAAUAAAAUGUUCCCAUUUAUAGGGAGUUAAUAGCUGGCAUCAUGACAGACUAGAAGAAAUAGGAAGUAUGCUGUGAAUAAUUUUGUUUUCUUUCUGACAUUGCUCUAUUCUGCUUUCUUUGGCCUUACCAGAGAAAACAAGUCUUAACAAAAACGAAAUACAUAGGAAAGAAUGGGAAAAAUGAGGUUGCAGUUAGAAGUAUGAAAAUGGAAGGAGAGUCAAGAGGAAUUAAAAUCCCCCAUCAGCAUAGCCAGGAUAUGUACUUAGCUGUUGAACCUUCAGCCUUUUGCAGCCAGAGCAGGUUACAUAGAGGCUAGGAGGCUGAAGUAGGGAUCAGAAGACCCCCUUGUUUUACAUCUUGCCUUUACCAUAUAUUUUCACAGUGGCAUCAGGUGAGCCACAAUAUCUCGCCCUGAGCAUUGCUUUCUCCUUGCAGUGUGAGAGGGUAAUAAUGGUGACACACCUUACAGGGCUGUUGGAAGGACAACAGGGAACAUGCACACAAAGCAACUAAAGGCACAAAAGCAAUUUGUAAGUGCCAGGGUGGAGUAUUUAUCAUUUCCCAGUCCCAUCCAUCUAUCACCAGUCUCUUCAAAUACUGCAUUAUUCCUUAGGAACAUGUUCUCUCUUUCUCUCUUAUUUUUCCCACUUAAGGACUUAAGUUGUUGCUUGUGCUGCACUGUGACUCUGCUUGGUAUUCCCUUGGGUCUGCUGUCUUUGGAAGCUUACCUGCUGAGCAGAAUAAUCAUUUCUCUUUGCAUUAGAUGGCUUAAUUUGUGUGCAUGUGUGUGUGUGUGUGUUAAAAAAAAUAACAUUUUUGAAUCUGAGCCUUGGCUACAUGGAAAUAGAGAUCAAGAUACCUUUUCCACUUCUUUACUCCCUACUGUAUCAUGCUCCUCCUGGAGUCUUCCCCAGCCAGAUGGCCAUUAACUGAUGGCAAGGCUGUUUCAGUGCAUUACAUUAUGUACAACUGCUGAGUUUCAUUUUGGUUGAAUUUUUGUAAGGUCAUUUGUUUAUUUUUUUAAAAUAAAGUGUGUCCUGCUAUAAAUUUUGAAGUCUUGCUAUGAGAUGUCAAAAUUACAAGAAACUACCUGCUUGUCAAUGUAUGUCAUUGUAUGUGAUGGAUAAAAAAAAAAUAGAAUGACUAAGGAACUUUUUGCACAGCUAAAACCCUGGCUUACCUUUCCCGGUUUGAAUCCUGACAUUUUGCCGCUGAUGCCGCCUUCUGCUAAAAUCUGCCUAAAUCCCGGCUCCUAGACAGGCAUAGUUGGCUGAUUUGCAAAGUUGGGAGCUUCCCAGCUUGGCAAGAAAACCCCACGAUAGGUUCGCCUUAGGGUUGUCAUAAAUCAGAAAUAACUUGAAGGCACACAACAACAACAAAUCUAAUCCCUAAGAACAUUCCCAAUUGCCUCCUGCACUAGAGUUUUGGAUUUAAAAAUUAUGCCAUUUUCUGAGGAUAAGUGGAAGAUUUUUAACCUCCCUCCCCAGUUAAAAAUGGCAGAAUAUGCUUCGUUCAGUAGGGCCUCAUCAUAGAGGCAAUAGUCAAUUGCAUUUCUAUAAUACAUCCAAACAACUGAAACUAUCAUAAUUGAUUCCUAUCACAGGAAUAUCCUCAUGGAUAUAAUAAAGUACAUAACAGUGCUGGAUUAACAAGCUGGAGAAGUUCCCACAUAGGCUGUGCCAUGAAUUUUCAGUAUGUUGAAGUAAAUGAUGUUUUCUGCUUCUUUCAAUUGGUUGACAUAUAUCAUUUUUACAGGAAUAAAGUAUUGACAAUCAUACAAGUUGUAAAUGUACUCCUAAUCAGUGAAUCCUGUGUAAAAGGGAAUUUUGGGAGUCCAGGAUUGCUCCAGAUUUUUCUGAGUCAUCAGGGCAACACUGUAAACUUCUCUAAAUCUCUUCUCACAACAAACAUCUCUAAAUCAAGAUCUAUACCCACAACUUUCCAACCCCUGGUCUUUAUUUUCAAACCAAGACCAACUUUGAAUAUGUAAAUAGAGGAACAGCGGGAAGAGUUUGCUUUGCUGUCUUGUCCAGUUUUGUUUUUGUUUUUACUAAAAAUCUCAGUUUGAUUUGCCAA